AUGUCGUUUAGAGGAGGCAGUCGAGGUCGCGGUGGCUUUGCUUCUGGAGCCAAUCGCGGCGGCUCAGGCGGAGGACGUGGUGGACGAGGCGGUUUCCAGUCGUCAUUCGGCCCUCCACCUUCAGUAUUGGAAAUGGGUUCGUUCUUGCACGCCUGUGAAGGAGAGAUGGUUUGCGAGUCCAUCAACCCUAAAAUCCCCUACUUCAAUGCGCCGAUAUACUUGGAAAAUAAGACUCCCGUCGGAAAAGUUGAUGAAGUCCUCGGCCCUAUCAACCAAGUCUACUUCACCAUAAAGCCCCAGGAAGGAAUCAUCGCAACUUCGUUCAAAUCAGGCGACAAGUUCUACAUUGGAGGAGACAAGUUGCUGCCAUUGGAAAAGUUUUUGCCUAAGGCAAAACCACCACCAGGUGUGUCAAAACCAAAGAAAGCGGGUGGCGCUGGGCGGGGUGCGUCGCGUGGUGGGCGUGGUGGUCGCGGAGCUCCCAGAGGAAGAGGCGCUCCACGAGGCCGAGGCGGAGGGCCAGGACGAGGGGCGCCGCGCGGAGGAAGUGGGAGAGGAGGUUUUUCAUCCCGGGGCGGCUCUAGGGGCGGGUCUCGCGGGGGAUUUGGCGGGAAGAGGUUCUAG